AGCUCUCUCAUAUGAACUAUCACUGACACUUAACGUCAACCCACUUUAUCUUGUACGCCGUGCAUUAAGUGUUGUACUAAAAAAGAUAUGGAGAGUGCUUGUGUUUAUGAACAGACAACAGUCAUCCAUGAGCUCACUCAAGGAAUAGAAAUGGCUAAACAGCUAAGGCUCAAUCUAAAUUCUGCUGAAGCUAGAGAAUUCUUGAUACAUAAGAUCUUAUCUUCAUAUGAUAAAGCUCUUUUUACUCUUAAAUCAACCGGGCAGCCUCGGGCAAAUCCACUGCCCGAAUCCAGUUUGCCCAAGUCAUCCAUAUCCACAGUCAGCCCUAAAAGCGGAGAAUUUGAGUUUGGGUUUGAGUUUGACGAAAAUGCUGUUUCCAAAAAGAGAAAGGCAUCAACACCAUGGGAAGAUGAAGUAGAGGGUAACACUAAUGAUGUUUACAGUUGGAAGAAGAGAAGAGAUGAAAAUCCAACAGUAUACAAAGGGAUACCCACCUGCAACAAUGUCGUACAGUCGGCACCACCACCGCCACCGUCGCCGGAAAAACAUGAAAUAAAGCCAACCCACCACCACCAACAACUAUCAACACCGAAUCCUGGAGAGGUUCUCUCAAAUCUCAGAGCAAACCUCAGUGUUAACACGUGGGACUUGAGUGCCAUUCUUCCAUCUUCAUUUUCCUUCCCUUCAACAUCAACACCAUUUGGAUUCAGUGAUGAUGAUUUUGAAGCACUUAGUUUUCCUAAUCGGUUUGAUGAUGAACUAUUGCAAGUCUAUUCACCACCUUUUAUCUCUCCGGACACCUCUGAAUCUAACUACCUCACAGACUGGGGUAUUUCUUCAUCACUGGAUUUCACAAGCGAUCCGGAAGAUCUAUACCCUGAUUUCACAUUAUUUAACAACUGUUUCUUAUGAUAGAUAGCGCUCAAGAACUACAGAAGGAAUGAACAAGAAAUAAAUGAUUCAUUAUUAGAGUUCCCAGUUGCAGACUGAGGCUUGCUAGAACUAUGUUUGUACAUAUUUGAAAUGUAAGAUUUUAUAACUAGCUACCUAUGGAACAUCUAGAAGUAAUGUAUCAAUACAAAUUUUUGCAACUUGAAACCCC